AUGAACCCAGGUCCUGUCCCUCCAGGCGGACCUGCCAACAGACCUCCAGGCGCAACUCCUGUUAUCAAGCGAAAGAAAGCACAAUCUGAUCCGUUCUUCAAGGGUCCUAGAAAGCCUGUUCCGCUGGGAAGACCUCAACAAAAUGGACACUUGACCCCUCCGGUCAAUGGUCAUCUCCCUCCCAAGUCUCAAGCUCUGCGCCCUUUGACUCCUAGCAAUGUACCGGAUCCUUCGCCUUCCCGAUCUGCAGUUGCGGAAAAUGAACGAGUCAGUGGCUUCAGCGACCCUCGCCUUACGGCCGAAGGCAUUCCUUUCAAAGAUUAUAAGCUUGUCACCACCAAGCGAGAUCUUCUAAACAAUCUUCGCUUUCAUCUCUUACAGCUAGCGGGCGACAAGGCUUUAGAUAUUCGGAACGAGUCUGAAUUCCCAAAACCUGCUCGCCUACACAGACGCGAUCCUAGAGCACCACCCCCCGGUCCCCAGCAAAAGGAUGAGCCCGAGUUAGAACCCAAAGAUGGUCUCAAUGCCACAGAGCGAGAAGAACUGACGCGAAGGAAGGAGGUUCGACAAAAAGAGCGGGAAGCAAAUCUGGCACAGAUAGCGCCGUCUCAAAAUGCUGGCAAGAAGAUGUACAACUUCAAAAGGAAGACUCAACAAGUAUUCCGGGCAGAGUUCUCGACAGCAGAGAAGCGUCGCAUUCAAACCAAUUACGAGGAGAAGCUACCAUGGCAUUUGGAAGAUUUUGACAAUAAGCACUGCCUUGUUGGGCAUCAUCAAAUUGGCUCAAUGAAUACACAUGCUGCCUUGAUCUAUGAACCAACUCCUGAUGGCUCUACCGGCAAAUUCCGUAUGGUCCCUGUUGAGAAAUAUUACCAAUUCAAACCGCGCCGUGAACUAGGACUGCAAAUGACGAUCGAAGAGGUGGAAGCUGCCAUGAAGAAAAGAGGUAGUGACCCCGAAUGGCUGGUUCGCCAAAGAGAAGCUCGUGUCGCUGAAGCGGCGAGAGAGCUUACUGCCAAGCAGAGCAGAGGUCUUUUCUCAGGUGCACAAGCGGGAGGUAUAGCAGGACGAGGAGGCGAGGAGGCAGACCUUGAUUUCGAAGAUGAUUUUGCCGACGACGAGGAAGGCGCCUUGUUCGUUGACAAAGAUGAAGAUGAGAAGCUGGCUGAGAAGAAGAUCAAAGAAGAUCAAUUGACAGCAAACUUUCUAGAUUUCAAAGAUUUGAAGGAGUAUGACGAGGCAGAGGAACGAGAGAAGCGCGAAGCGGAAGCUAAGAAGAAGAACUUCCGUGAGCUGAGGAAAGCAUUGGAAAGGAGAGAACGAAACUACAAUCAUGGUAGCGAUUCUGAAGACGUGAGCUCGACUGACUCUGAAGAAGAACGCGAGCGCCUUGAACGCGAACGUGUUGCGAACAUCAAACGUGAGGAGGAGGCCGCCAAAGCCGCCGCAGGUAUCUCCUCAUCUGGGACCAAUACCCCUAGCAAUCGCAAAGAGAAGCUGUCAGCCGCUGGUGGUCUUAGUGAUCGCGAAACCGCUGGUGGAAUAAAGAAAUCAUCAUCGAGCCGUUCCCUCAAACGGCCUGGUUCUCCGAAUCUUUCUGAUGCUUCCGGAACCGACGCUUCAGUACGGAAGAAAAAACACAAGUCGAAGCACCUGUCAAGUACGCAACCUACACCAGGCCCAUCAAGACCAAUGUCCCCUGCGAAUGUUCCUCCACCCGGUUCAGCGCCACAGAAUCUAGAUCCUUCAUCUGCAGCGAUCAACAAGGUCCGACGACGAGUAGCAGGCUCAAAUGCAGGUAGUGACACCGAUAACGUUCUCUCUGAUCGCGAUGGGGGUGCCAUGUCGGACGCUAGUCGUGCCCAUCAACGACUCAAACUGAAGAUGUCAGCAUCCCCACCCCCUAGAGCAGGUGGCACAAGUACCCCACAACCGUCUUCACGCGCCGGGACACCUCCGCCGCCGUUAUCACCACAAGAGCUGCCUAGUGAAGAGGAAAUUAGGAGUGCGAUUCCCUCUGAGGGCAUCACUAUCAAGGAAUUGAUGAAGCUCGUGGCUCAUCCCAGAAACCAGAGAAAGGCUUUCGUCGCUCGAGUCAGGAGUGUAGCGAAGAUAGACAAGGAGAAGGGACUGCUGUAUCCGAAAUGA